AUGCAUGCGUGGAUGUUUGAUCGUGGAUCAAUUGGUGGCAGUCGAAACAUGAAGGUGGUUGAUCAUUCUCUUUCACAAACAGAUCUGAAGCUCGACGUGGAACUAGAACGUGGUCGUCCGGAGCGCUACACUUACAACGAUUACUAUCAGAGAUUUGAGGAAACGUCGGAACCCAGAUAUUACCGCAAUGAUUCGUGGAGAACCGAUCCUCCCAUUCAACGCGAACCUCCCAGUCAACGCGAUGUUCCCAGUCAACGUGAUCGUAGAAGACAAGAGUCACCGAUUCGGUAUCGAAACAGAAGUCGAACUAGAUCUCGAAGUCGCGAUCGUGAAAGACGGCAUACUAGAGGUGAGCCAUUAUCGUCAACUCCACGGCGUUUUCCAUUCAAAAUUGCGCCCGUGAGCGCUUGCAAAAACUGUCAUCAUAUCAUCACAGAUCCUAAGGAUUUGUUUGUGGGAACCAAAUUUGACCGUAUGGUGAGGUCAGAUUACAGACUUAUUCAAUUGUUGCAAACUGAGGAAUCUGAUUUGAUGGAGUUGGGCUGCAGUGUUCCUGUGGGGGUGCGCCCAGACGUCGCGAAUUCGAAGAAUCUGCGACCCUGUGGAAUGGGCCAUUCGGGAGAGUACGUGAAAAGGACUGUAUGUAUCGUUGUUUGA